UUCUUGUUUUGAAUUAUUCUGUUCAAUGUUGCGGGCUGGGACGAUUGUUGCUGCUGCGCGAUUUUACGCCAGUCCGGUUGGACGUGUCGCAGUGGUUGCUGCAAUUUCGGCUGGUUCGGCCGCUGCGCACCGAUCUGCGCCAUCGAGGUCGCUGUCGCUCGCGUCGUCUCCGCUCCAGUCACUGCUGCACACUACGACCACGCAGAGGCAGCCGAUGCGCACUCGUCAUCGCGUCCAUGACCAGCUCGGAUUGUUCGCAGCGCGCCGAUUCAUGUCGGCGAGCGCUGCCGCUAUUGCCCAGGCCACUCCGCCGCCGCCUUCCUCCUCCGCUGCGCCUGCAUCUGACACGGCGGGCGUCCCAUUCAGCAGCCUCACGGUGGGCGCGCCGCGUGAAAUCUUCAACGGCGGAAGCGAGCGACGCGUUGCGCUGACCCCCGACAACACGCGCGCGUUGGUCAAGGAGGGAUUCAAGGUCGUGGUCGAAAGCGGGGCGGGUCUUGGCGCCAAGUUUUCGGAUGCCGAGUAUGUGGCUGCCGGCGCUCAGAUUGUCAGCACGCCCGCCGAGGCCUUUGCCGCCGACAUUGUGCUCAAGGUUCGCGCGCCAGAGCUCAACCCGACGCUGGGCAAGCACGAGUCGGAGCUGGUGCGUGCCGGCGCCACGGUCAUUUCGUUCCUGUACCCCGCCAAGAACAAGGCGCUGCUGGACACGCUGGCCAAGCGCAAGGCGAACGUGUUUGCCAUGGACUGCAUCCCUCGCUUGAGUCGCUCGCAGGUGUUUGACGCCCUCAGCUCGAUGGCCAACAUUUCCGGCUACAAGGCGGUGAUUAUGGCCGCCGAGCACUUCCCGCGCUACUUUGCCGGUCAAAUGACAGCUGCGGGUCGCGUGCCGCCCGCAAAGGUCCUGAUCAUUGGCGCUGGCGUGGCUGGCUUGCAGGCUGCCGUCACUGCUCGCAACAUGGGUGCCAUUGUUCGUGCGUUUGACACGCGUCCCGCCGUGCGCGAGCAGGUCGAGUCCCUCGGCGCCGAGUUUCUGGAAAUCAGCGUCAAGGAGAAUGGCGAGGGCACUGGCGGCUACGGCAAGGAAAUGUCAAAGGAAUUCCACGACGCCGAGAUUGCCUUGUUCACCAAGCAGCUCAAGGAGGUGGACAUUGUCAUCACAACCGCGCUCAUCCCAGGCAAGCCCGCGCCGCGCCUCAUCACCAAGGCCAUGAUUGAGAACAUGAAGGCGGGCUCUGUUGUGAUUGACCUUGCUGCCGAGGCCGGCGGUAACAUUGAGACAACGCGCCCUGGGGAGCUGUAUGUGCACCACGGCGUGACGCACGUUGGCUACACGGACUUGCCCUCCCGCCUGCCCACCGUCUCGUCCACGCUGUACUCGAACAAUGUGGUCAAGUUCUUGCUGUCGAUGGGCACCAAGGACAAAAAGUUUAGGAUUGACCUUGCCGACGAAGUCGUGCGCGGCGCGAUUGUCUUGCGCGAAGGUGAGCUUUUGUGGCCGCCGCCGCCGCUGGCCGUGACGGCAAAGCCGGCCGCCGCAGCCUCUGCCGCAGGUGCUCCAGCUGCCUCCGCAAAUGCUGCUGCUGCGACUGCUGCUCCAGCUGCCAAGCCUGCGGCGUCAAAGAAACCCGCCACAGGUGGCCACGGCCAUAGCGCGGCCUCGUCCGGUCCUGCGACAUUUGCCGACACUGCUAAAGACGUCGCCCUCACCUCGACGGGCAUCACCACUCUGCUGGCACUUGGUGCCACGGCUCCGGCAUCGCUGUUGCCGGUGGUCACCACCUUUUCCUUGGCUGGCAUUGUUGGCUACAAGGCCAUCUGGGGCGUCACGCCCGCCCUUCAUUCGCCGCUCAUGUCCAUCACCAAUGCCGUGUCGGGCAUUGUGGGUCUGGGUGGUUUGCACUUGAUGAGUAGCGGUUAUGCGCCGGAUGGUGCUGCAGCUGGCUUGGCCGCCGGCGCCGUGUUCAUCUCGUCAAUCAAUGUGUUUGGCGGAUUUUUAAUCACCCAGCGCAUGCUGGACAUGUUCCGUCGCCAAGAUGACCCGCCUUCACACAACUACCUGUACGCUGCUCCGGCCAUCGCCUUCCCCGCCCUGUUCCUCGGCGCCUCGUCGUUUGGCUAUGUCAACGUCCCCGCGAUGGGCUACCUGGCAUCGGCUCUGUGCUGCAUUGCCGCACUCUCUGCCCUUUCUUCGCAAGAGUCUGCGCGCACCGGCAUCGUCCUGGGUCAGGUCGGUGUGGCCAUCGGCACGGCUUCGUUUGUCGGCGCUCUCUCGCCGUCGACCGAGGCGCUUGUGCAAAUGGCCGCGACCGCCGGUGCUGGCGGUCUGAUUGGUGUCGCCAUUGCGCGUAAAGUUGCCAUUACCGAGCUUCCGCAGUUGGUUGCCGCCUUCCACAGCUUCUCUGGUCUGGCUGCAGUGCUCGUGUCGGUUGCUUCAUACCUGCACACGAGUCAGGGUGCGAUUGGCGCGGCGCACGGCGCGGCAGCUGCAGCAGCUGCGUCCUCGGCUCACGAGCUUUCCGCCAUCAGCAGCUCGUCCAUCUAUUUGGCGACCGUGAUUGGUGGCAUCACGUUUACUGGCUCGUUGGCUGCGUUUGGCAAGCUGCAAGGCUUGCUUGCAUCCGCGCCCCUUCUCCUUCCCGGUCGCAACGCCAUCAACCUCGCCAUGGCCGCCGCCACGUCCUACGGCAUGUACGAAUUCAUCCAAAACCCCUCGCUCGCCGUGCUGGGACUCGCCACGACUGCUUCGUUUGCCCUCGGCGCGCACCUGACGCUGGCCAUCGGUGGUGCCGACAUGCCCAUCGUCAUCACAGUGCUCAACUCGUACUCUGGCUGGGCCCUGUGCGCGGAGGGCUUCCUCCUCGGAAAUGACCUGCUGACGAUUGUCGGAGCGCUCGUUGGCUCGAGCGGUGCCAUUCUAAGCUACAUUAUGUGCGUGGCCAUGAACCGCUCGCUCCCCAAUGUCAUUUUUGGCGGCUUUGGCACGCAGUCGAACGCUGGCGCCGCUGCCAGCGCACAGAAGGUGACUGGCACGCACACCGAGGUCAACGUGGACGAGGCAGUUGAGAUUAUCACCCAGAGCAAGUCGGUGGUCAUUGUGCCCGGCUACGGCAUGGCUGUUGCCAAGGCGCAGUACGCCAUCGCCGAGAUGACCAACAUGCUCCUGAAGAACGGCAUCAAGGUGCGCUUCAGCAUCCACCCGGUUGCUGGACGCAUGCCUGGUCAGCUGAAUGUACUUCUGGCCGAGGCCCGCGUUGGCUACGAGCACGUCUUUGAGAUGGACGAGCUCAACCCGGAAAUGCCCGAAACCGACCUCUGCCUUGUGAUUGGUGCCAACGACACCAUCAACUCUGCCGCGCAAGAGGAUCCCAACUCGCUCAUUGCCGGCAUGCCCGUGAUUGAGGUCUGGAAGGCGCGCCAAGUCAUUGUCAUGAAGCGCUCGCUCGCCGGCGGCUAUGCCGACAUCCCCAACCCUGUCUUCUACAAGCCCAACACGUCCAUGCUCUUUGGCGAUGCCAAGAAGACCUGCGAGGCGCUGCAGGCGAAGGUUGCGUCGCAUUUCGCCAGCAAGUAAUUUGUUUCUGAGGCUUGUGUUUUGUGUUUGUUCGUGUCGCCUCUCGUUUCUUUGUUUCUCUGUUGUGUCGGCUGUGUCCUUGAGCGGAUAUGUGUAGCACGCUUGAAUGUGAAUAGUUUUGGUCAAUCCAGUGCCGUUUUGAUUGGA